CCCAAGCCCAAAAUCCCUCUCUCCUCUCUCGCUCCACCGUCGGUCUCGUCCCUCUCUCUCGCUCCGCCCGCGGGCCUCUGCAGCAUAAACCCUAGAUCCAUCCACCGACAGAGAUCGCCGGAGCUCGGCCUCCGACCUUCGCUCCUCCCCUCUUACCUUAACCGACAUCGCCUGCUUUUCCUCCUCGUCGCUUCCUCUCUCACCGUUGGUAAAUCCCUAACCCUAAUUUUUUCUCGUUUUUUCUCCCCGUCUUCUCGCGCUUCCCGUUUCUAUGUGUUUGCUGUACCUUCAAUUGAUUGUUGUGGACUUGUUGUGUCGUAGUUUUUUCGCGCUCGUUGAAUUUCUUCGAUGGGAUUGUUGCGCGAAAGCUCUCUGAUCCGGGAGGGAGGAGAACUGAGUGAUUUUUGCGUUUUGCCAUUCUCCGGGGAGUCGUGUUGGCUUCCAUCUUGGUUGUGGUUAUCGGCCUUUUCAAAUUGAUUUGGGGAUUGGGAUAUUUUUUGGGGUUUUUUUGCCCUCGUCGUCCGCCUAGUUGCUUCUCGGGGAUUUGUUUUUUUUUUGUUUUCGGCGUCGGGAGGCGGGAGGGCGGUGGGUGAUGAAGUUCCCGCUUCUGAAUUCUCGACGAAUAUAUGGUGUUGUAGUUCCUCUAUUCACCGAGUUGGGUCGAUGGCUCGAUUGCUAAAAAUUCAUCAGUUAUGGGCCUACCUGAUAGGACAUGGUUCAUAGACAUAACAUUCCAAAGGCCCAUCUUUUGAGUAAACCGUGGUACCUGCUGUCCAGGUUUAUUGCAUAAAGUCUAUUGCUUUCUGUUUGUAGUUGUUCUCUUCUACUCUGCUCUCCACUCUUAUACAGGCCGAAGUAGUACCAUCAUGUACUAUUCCUUCCUUGGAUGAUGGAUGCAUCAGAAGAUUACUUUUUCUGGGUUGUUCAUCAUGUGUUCUACUAAGGUUGCUGAACUUUCUCUGGGUUUUUUUCUUCCUUUUAUUGGUUGGCAGUGAAAUUGGCUUUGGAGAAAAGAUGGAAAUCCCUGAAGAGAAGUAUCAGCUGACACCCGUGGAGAAUAAUGCGAAGCCAGCAAGGCGAAGGAAGACAAAGUCCCAUGUCUGGAAAUACUUCACAGUCGAGAGCAUCAGCCCUGAAUGCAAAAGGGCAUUCUGCAACACCUGCAGGAAGAGCUUCGCUUACAGCAUGGUACAGGAGAAUGGCGGCUCGAAGGUAGCCGGUACUAGCCACCUCAAGCGUCAUCUCGAGAAGGGAACCUGUGGAGCUACCGCAGGGCUCGAUAACAAUAUCGAAGGCGAUGAUCACCAGGCGACUCCUUAUACGCCUUCAACCAGGACUCGGGCCACUGCCAAUAAGAAUGCGUCUGGUGCAAGUACAGGGGUCAGCGAGUCGAGAAAGCGUCGCUACAGAUCCCCCAGCUCUGCCUACCUGGCGGUGUUCAAUCCUGACGUCUGCCGCCAGGACAUUGCUCGAAUGAUCAUCAUGCACGAUUACCCUCUUGACAUGGUCGAGCAUCCUGGGUUUCAAAGUUUCGUCCAGAGCCUUCAGCCACAGUUUGGUGCAGUCAGCAUCGACACCAUCCAAGGGGAAUGCGUCUCAUCUUACUUGAGUGAGAAACAAAAGGUUAUGAGGUUGAUCGAUGCGAUGCCAGGACGAGUCUGCCUUUCUCUUGACAUGCGCAUGUCGAGAAACAGCUUGGCUUACGUGUUCAUAACAGGCCACUUCACCGACAGCAAUUGGAAGACCCAGAAGUGGAUUCUCAAUGUUGUCCUAGAACCAUAUCCCGAUUCACAUAAUGCUCUCAGCCAUGCCGUUGCUUGUUGUCUCUCUGACUGGAGAUUGGAAAGCAAGCUGCUUUCCCUCACAUUGAACCAUCCUGUGCCUGAAGCCGGGCUCGAGAAUCUCAGGUCUCAUCUCUGCGUCAAGAAUCCACUCAUCCUGAAGGGUCAGCUCUUGCUCGGGCAAUGCAUCUCACAUACUUUCACCGCCAUGGUCAACGACAUACUGUCUGCAGGAGGUGACAUCAUUAAGAAGAUCCGUGACAACAUAAAGUACGUCACGACUUUGGAGAACCACGGGGAGAAGUUCUUGCAUCUCAAAGAACAGCUUCAGGUCCCGAGCGAGGUACAUUUGUUCCUUGACGACAAGAGUCAGUGGAAUACGACUUAUCAAAUGCUGGUAUCUGCUUCGGAACUACAAGAAGUCUUCUCUUGCUUGGACACUGUUAUUCCUGAAUACAAAGAAGCUCCAACCAUGGAAGAUUGGAAGCAGGUUGAGAGCUUAUGCACGCACUUGAGGUCACUCUUCGAUGCAAUGAACUUGCUCGUCUCUUCCCCUUCCCCUCCUGCAAUCACACUAUUCCAGGAGGGGUUUAGGAUCCAGACUACGAUCGCUUGUGCAGCAACUGGUGAUCCGUUCAUUGGCAGCUUCAUCAAAUCGAUGCAGGAGAAGAUAGACAAGUACUGGAAGGAGUGUGGCUUAAUUCUUGCAAUUUCUGUAGUCAUGGAUCCUCGUUUCAAAAUGAAGCUCGUCGAAUUCAGCUUCUCCAAACUCUUUGGUGAGGAGUCUCCUCUCUACGUUAAGAUGGUAGAUGACGGGCUCCACGAGCUGUUCGAGGAAUACGUAUCACUUCCUCUACCACCAUCACCAGCUUACGGUGGCGAUCAUGGAAACAUCGAUCGAGCAGAGGAACACAACCAGGGAGGGAAUAUUUCAGAAUACGGGUUGGCUGAUUUCGAUAUGUACAUCAUGGAAAACACCACCCAGCAGUUCAAGUCGGAGAUAGACCAGUAUCUGGACGAGAACCUCGAGGGUCGGGGCUCCAAUUUGGACGUGCUGGAAUGGUGGAAACAGAAGAGGUCGAAGUACCCGACGAUGUCGAAGAUGGCGAGGGAUAUCUUGAGCAUUCCCGUGUCGACUACCUUGCCCGAAUCGAUGUUCAGUACCAAGCCAAGGGAGCUGAGCCCGAAUGCUAGGUCCGAGACUCUUGAGCCGUUUGUGUGUACUAAGGACUGGUUGCAGCAUGGGUUGACUGAAGAUUUCGGUGGAUUAGAAAGUUUGGUGGUUUCGGAUCUUUCGAACCCUGCCUUGAAAGUUGAGUUCUAGGACUAGGAUAUUGUUCUAUGGUUUGUAUCAAAUUUUUACAGGGCCUGGUAUUGGGUAGGGGGGUGUUUAUUUGAUUUCAUUUGGCAUUUUGUUCUAGUUACUUUUAGUUGGAGGGUUUAUAGUUAUUAUUUCACGAUCGGUUAGGCUAACUGUUUUCUUUUCGUUCUUUUGUACCAUUAGAAUCAUGGAAAGAAGGAAGUUGAUGGAUUUGUUUGGACGAUGUUGCCUGAAUAUGAAUACUAGUUCAUGCUGCAUUCAUUAUCUUCCAACAGAAUUGUUAAGGACUGUAGAGUCAGAGCCCUAAAGAAGCAAAUACAUGAAAACGCCGAAUAAACGAAAACCCAGAUU